GAAGAAGAAGGAAAAAAUGGCAGCUUCGUGAUUUCAGCGCUAAUGGAGGUUUUGUUCUUAUUGAGUAGUUUUCAGUCUUUCAAAUAAACCCGUUUGUGACUCGGAACAUAAUCUUUCUUAUCAAGACGCAACAGUACAUAGUCCUUUAAGUAGUAUGUUGUUGUUAAAUGAUAAUAAUUAAAGUAAAGCCGCUUUUUGGGUAAAUAAAACAGCCACAUGAUGGAGGUUUCUUCAAAGCAGAAGGAAACUCCCAGCGGCGUGAAUAUGACCACCAGUGAAAAGGUGGUGGAGCUUCUGAAUCAGGCCGCUCUGAUGCCCUCAGAUGAAAAACUGAACGUGCUCAAACAGGUCCAGGAGCUCAUCAUCAACAAGGAUCCGUCUCUUCUCGACAACUUCUUGGAUGAAAUGAUUGCGUUUCAGACAGACAAGUCCAUCGACGUGAGAAAGUUCGUCAUCGGAUUCAUCGAGGAGGCGUGUAAACGAGACAACGAGCUCCUGCUCCAACUGAUCGCCAACCUCAACUUGUUGCUGAAGGAUGACAGCGUAAAUGUGGUGAAGAAGGCCAUCCUCACCCUCACGCAGAUGUAUAAGAUCACGCUGCAGUGGUUGGUUCAGUCCAAAACCAUAUCAGAGAUGCAGGAGGCAUGCUGGCAUUUGAUCACGCAGAUGAAGGAGGACGUUUUGACCCAGCUCGACUCCGAGAACGACGGCGUUCGCACUCACGCCAUCAAGUUUACGGAAUCGUUGAUCAUAACUCUGUCGCCGCGGACGCCCGAGUCUAACGUCCCCAAACGACAGGAAGGAGACAUCAGCCUGGACAAAGUUCCCAAAGAUCACUCCUACAUUCGCUACGGAACUUUAUGUGAGGAAGGGAAGAGUGCUCUGGAGAAGCUGCUGAAGUUCAUGGUCCAUCCGGCGAUUUCCAGCAUCAACCUGACCACGGCGCUGGGUUCCCUGGCCACCAUUGCCCGCCAGAGGCCCAUGUUCAUGUCCGAGGUGGUGCAAGCAUACGAGACACUGCACGCCAACCUUCCCCCGACUCUGGCCAAGUCUCAGGUCAGCAGCGUUCGGAAGAACCUGAAGCUGCACUUGUUGGCGGUUCUCAAGCACCCCUGCAGCCUGGAGUUCCAGGGUCAGAUCAGCACCCUGCUGCUGGAUCUGGGAAUGCCUCAGAGCGAAAUAACCCGCCACACACCCGCGCCGCGGGAGCAGCGCAAGAGACCCCGCUACGAGCAAUAUGCCGAAGGGAAGAAGGUCAAGAUCGAGCCGGCUCUCGAGGAUGAUGAGGACAAAGAGGAGCCGGCCCCCCUUGCAGCUCCAACACCGGCUGUUGUUCCGGUCGCUCAGUCCGCCAUCGACCUCACCGCCGAGUUCCUCCGCCCUCUGUUGAACCCUGAGAACGUGGCCAACAUGGUGCUGAUCAGCAUGGUGUACCUGCCCGACAUCAUGCCGGCCUCCUUCCAGGCCACGUACACGCCCGUGGAGUCGGCUGGCACCGACGCUCAGAUCAAACAUCUGGCUCGGCUGAUGGCGACGCAGAUGACCGCCGCUGGAAUCGGGCCAGGUCUGGAGCAGUGUAAAGCCAGGGAGGACGAAGCAGCCAAAGAGGAACAGAUGGAGCCAGAAUCGGCUGCUAAGGACCAUCUCGUCAAGCGCCGAGGCCUUUCUGACAUGGUGGGCCAGGCCAUCUCUGUGGUGGGGUGUUACCCUGACAAACAAGUCGCCAAGAAGCUCCCUGAACCCAUCCUGCCCUCCGUACAGCCCAAGAUGACGGUGCCAGGCGGGAGGAAAAAGGUGUUCCGGUUGAUGGACAUCGUCCAGCCUUUUUCGGACUCGCAGAUCCAGAUGUUGACCUCCAAGUCUGUGCAGCGGAUUCUGCACUCAGAAAAGACGAUUGCACAAAGCGGGAUGUCUCACGUCCGGGUGAAGCUCCUCUCUCGGCUCGUGACGCAGUUCGAAGGGAUGAUGAAAGAGGACGUCCUGGAGUUCAUUCUGGACGACAUGAGAACGAGGAGCGACCUGGCGUUCGCGCUCCUCUACCAGGAGUACAACACGUACCUGAGCCAGAUGCCGUCGGGGCUGCUGGAGAGCUACGACCACUGCCUCUACAGGCUGCUGUCGGGCCUGCAGGAGAAACCCGAGCAGAAGGACGGACUCUUCACAAAGCUGGUCCUGGAGGCGCCCAUCAUCACAGAAUCGGCGCUGGAGGUGAUCCGACGUUACUGCGAGGACGAGUCUCGAGUUUACCUGGGCAUGACCACGCUGAAGGAGCUGAUCAUCAAACGCCCGUCCAGACAGUUCCAGUACCUGCACGUUCUUCUGGACCUCAGCUCGCACGAGAAGGAGAAGGUGCGCUCCACGGCGCUGUCCUUCCUGAAACGCAUGUAUGAGAAGGACCAGCUCAGGGACUACAUCGAGAAGUUCGCCCUGAACUACCUGCAGCUUCUGGUCCAUCCCAACCCGCCAUCUGUGCUGUUUGGCGCCGACAUGGACACAGAGGUGGCCGCUCCCUGGACCGAAGAAACGGUGAGACAGUGUCUCUUCCUCUACUUGUCUCUACUCCCGCUGAACCACCGGCUCGUCCACGAACUGGCGUCCGUUUACACCGAGGCCAUCGCCGACAUCAAACGCAGCGUCCUCCGUGCCAUAGAGCAGCCCAUCCGUGGGAUGGGAAUGAACUCUCCGGAGCUGCUCCUCCUGGUUGAAAACUGUCCUAAAGGAGCGGAGACGCUGGUAACUCGCUGCCUGCACAUCUUAACAGAUAAAGUGCCUCCGUCUCCUGAGCUGGUGGAAAGAGUCCGAGACCUGUACCACAAACGAGUUCCGGACGUCCGGUUCCUGAUCCCCGUCAUAAACGGGUUGGAAAAGACCGAAGUCAUCCUGGCUCUGCCCAAACUGAUCAAACUGAAUCCAGUCGUUGUGAAGGAGGUGUUCAACCGCCUGCUGGGAACUCAGCACAGUGAGGGAAGUUCAUCGGUGUCUCCUCUGACUCCGGGAGAUCUGCUCAUCGCGCUGCACAACAUCGACUCGAACAAAUGUGACAUGAAGUCCAUCAUUAAAGCCACCAACCUCUGCUUCGCGGAGAAGAACAUCUACACCUCUGAGGUUCUGGCCGUGGUGAUGCAGCAGCUCAUGGAGCAGAAUCCUCUUCCCAUGCUGCUCAUGAGAACCGUCAUCCAGUCCCUCACCAUGUACCCCCGCCUGGGUGGGUUCGUCAUGAACAUCCUGUCCCGCCUCAUCGUCAAACAGGUGUGGAAGUAUCCGAAGGUGUGGGAGGGCUUUGUGAAGUGCUGCCAGCGGACGAAGCCUCAGUCCUACAGUGUGCUGCUCCAGCUGCCAGCGGCGCCGCUGAAGAGCAUCUUUGAGCGCAGCCCGGACAUGAGAGCGCCUCUCCUGCAGCACGUUCUCUCCUUCACCCCCCACCAGCAAGCGCACAUACCGGCCUCCAUCAUGGCGGUCCUGGAAGCAAAUAAGAAACCCGAGCCAAAGCCCGUGGAGCCCAUCGUGGAGAAAGAGGUUGAACCCAUUCCAGUUGUUGUGGCUGUGGGAAAAGCUCCCGCCAUGGCUCCAAAAGAACCAGAAGUACAGGCACGCCAGGAACCGAUCGUUACGAAAGACGAGGAGGAGCCAAUGGAGCAGGAAGAGGCUGAACCGGCGGUUCAAGAGGAAGCUCCUGAUGAUGAUUCACAGGUGGACUUAGAGAAACCUACAGAGUCUCCGACGCCUCGUUCAGAACCAGCCGAGGAAUCGAUGGACGAGACCCAACCCGAACCGUCGGAUCCCCAAGAGUCUAUAGAAGAACCUGAAACCAGCCUCCCAGAACCAGAGGCUGAAAGUGGCGGCGAGGACGUGGAGUAGAUUUGUCCUCUCCAGACAGCCCACAAGAUUUCAAACCAGUUUUUGUUUUGUUAAAAAAAACUGAUC